UAAUGCUAAGUUGCUAGCUGGAAACAGAAUACCUGCUGCUCGAUGGGAGCUUUUAUGCCUCUUUAAAAGGAAGUUUUUCUUGUGUGAAUAGUAGAGGAACAUGCCAACCAGCCGUGACCGUCAGUAAGGACCCGAUUUAUCUUUUCUCAACCCCGGCUCGAAAUGGGAAAAGGUUGUAAAGUGGUGGUGUGUGGCCAGGCAGCGGUUGGGAAAACAGCCAUUCUGGAGCAGCUGUUGUAUGGAAACCACUCUGUGGGCUCUGAGUCCAGUGAGACGCAGGAGGACGUGUAUGUGGCUUCAGUCGAGACCGAUCGAGGUGUGAAGGAGCAGCUGAGGCUUUACGACACCAAAGGACUUCAAGAUACUCAAGACCUCCCGAAGCACUACUACUCUGUGGCCGACGGCUUUGUGCUGGUUUACAGUGUCGACAGCCUGGAGUCCUUCAAGAAAAUUGACUUCCUGAAGAAGGAAAUUGACAAGUCCAGAGACAAGAAGGAGGUGACCAUCAUAGUCCUGGGGAACAAAAGCGACCUGACCGAGCUCCGUCAGGUGGAGCAGGAGGCGGCGCAGCAGUGGGCGCGGGGGGAGAAGGUGAAGCUGUGGGAGGUGAGCGUGAUGGAGCGCGGCUCGCUCAUUGAACCCUUCAUCCAGCUGACCAGCCGGCUGACGCAGCCACAAAGCAAGUCGGCCUUCCCUCUGCCUGGACGCAAAAGCAAAGGCACAGCCUCCAAUGACAUCUGAGGGGCUCUGCCCACCUGGACCCCCAACUCAACCACUUUACACUCCUCUGCAGUGUUAACCAUCUUACAUACAGACUUGAUUCUUUGAUUUUUAAACAUGGCAGCAUGUGGUUGGUCAAGUGGAGCAGCUUCCUGUCCUACUGAUGUUGCUGUAAUAGAAAUCAUAGUGCAAUAUGUUAACUGAUAUUAGUGAGUAGAUUUCUGAUUAAUAUUCAUGUCUGCAGCUAAUUAGUUUCCUCCUUCUGUUGAUGGUAUGAGGCUGAGGACUGAUCCAGUUUGAACUUUGAGCAUCCAAAUCCCUAAAAGGGACUCUGCUGCCCCCUGCUGGAUAAUCCACAGUUUCUGCUAUCAGUAGAGCUGGUAACCGUGGAAAUGGCUGGACUGAGAGACUGUGAGUGGCUGCUUGCAUGGCAGCGUGUUUUAAAGGUUUUGAUCAGAAUAUUGCUGAACCAGGCGAGACACAACUGGAGGCCAAUCCCAGUUCAGCCUGGGCUGGUGUGAUGACAUUUAAAUCUCUUAAAAGCAAAAUGUAGCCGUUUUUAAACCUGGACUGCACUGAUAGUGAUGUUGGCUUGAGUUUCAUUAAUUUGAUUGCAAGAUAAAUUUAAAGCAGCUGGUAAUUAUCAGUGUUCAUUCAGCAGGUUAGUAUUGUUUCUAUAGGCUAACAGUCAGUUUAGGUCUCAAUGUUACCUCCACAAGAGGAACACGUACAACAGAGUAUUAGUACCAGACUAAGAAAUUGGUUGUUUUUUUUUAAAUUACAAGAGUAAAGUCAUUUUAUGAUGGAAUAUUUCCAGAAGAAAGUGGUAAAAUAACUAGAAAAGGUUGUUUUAACAAAAACUUUGAUAAAAUGAUCAAGACCUCAUGCAAGCAACUUGUCUACUCUGUGAGGAUUUUCUUCGAAAUAGUUUAUAUAAGUCCUGCUACUGAUAUUUGAAUGCUGAUGUGUUCAAAGAUGAUGGAGAAUGGAGACCGAAGUAUAACUUCACAAGUGUAACAUUCUUUAAUUUAUUUUUUGUAUUCACGUUCUCAUAAAAUUACAAUAGUCUCUGAAUAUUGCUUUAUUCUCGUUUUAGAUUUUUUAAAUAUCUUUGACUUUAUUCACGUGACUUUUUUGUCAUACUUUAUUCUUGCAUUAUUUAGACUUCACUUAUGUACAACUUUUUUCUUGGAAUAUUACAACUUUAUUUUUGUAAACAUAUUUAUUUUUCUUAGCCUGGUUCUAAUCCUCUGUCUAUGACAGAGGAUUAGGAUGACUGCUAUUUGCAAACAAACUUGUGUGUUUCUUUUUAGAUAGCCACUGUUAGCUAACUAGUCAGGUACCUGCAGCCACAUGUGGGAUGAGACAGACCUGCUCUGCUCUAUUAUUCUCUUAAAUAAUGGAAAUGAAGGAGAAAAAAAGAUGGUUCUGGGACUUCAGGGACAGUUUGAGGGCAGAUUUUAUAACUUUGAUACAGAGAACCAGUCCCUACAAGAGCCCUGUUAUUCAGACAUGUUUCAUGGGAAGACUAGGAGUUAACCAGACUCAUCAGUGGAAGAAAGAAUCUGAUUUAGAUUGAGUAAAUGAGCAGCAUUCCUCCUGGUCCUCUGGUAGGACUCAGCUCUCAGUGCAGUUCAUGUCCACCAAUCACAGCCUGGCAGCAAUAACCUUUCUGCUACUCCCUUUACUCUAUGAAUGGUUUCUGUGUAUGUGUGUGUGUUUGACUGGGCUGCUUACUUCUGUUAGACUUCAAUGUAGAAAUAAUCAGUGUUUAGAUUAAAUAUUUAUUUUUUAACUAAUUUAUAUUUGUCACUUUAAUGAGCCACAUUCCCUGAUGUGAGGAUGGCGUCAGGGUGAAUGAGCCGUUUUAGCAUUGAACGUGCUGCUAGAGCACAGAGUGAACUAAUGAUGCUAUCUGUAACUGAAUCACAAUAAAGAGACGAUCAUACUGGA